AAUUAUUUUUUGUUUCAUAUGAAAAUCUAGAUUUUAAUUUUUAAAUAGGGAUUUUCCCUUUCAACAAACCCAGAAGCAAUGUUGCCAGGAGUAUGACAUGGAAUUAAUUCAAAGGGCUCUAAAACAUAAUGCCAAACAUAUUCUAAUCAAGUAUUAAAAAUGUGGCUGUGUGGUAUUGAAAGCCGAGGAGAAAUCUACGAAGAGGACUCGUGCAUAUGUUUUGGGUAUAUCGAGAUGCUUAUAAAGCUGGUCCAAAAGCUAUAGAAUGGCAUCCUCAGUUCCUCUAGCUGCUUUGUAUGCAAAUAUAUCACAAAUCAGCUUGAGGUAAGUCUGUAUAUUUUGUGAAUUGAAAUACAACAGUAUGAAUAGGCCAAUUCUAAUGAAGGACUUUCCAGAGAUCAACGAAAAGGCUUAUAAACUUUUAGGUCAGUGUAGACCUACACACCAUUCAAGCUAGAAUUUCAUAUGAAGAUAAACACAUCGGAAACGACGCCAAGUUGCCAUGUAAUUUAUUACUUUUGGUUUCCAUUGUUUAUACAAUUUAUUAUCAUUAUUAUUCCUGGUUAUGAAUUUUACUUCAGCCAUUUGUUUGUGUGUAUUUUGAUAAAAAAAAUUCAAUUAAGCUUUGACUUAGAACGUGCAAGAUCCAUUAUUUAAUAAGCUAAUUAAUUAUUUAAUAGACGUGGGGAAAGACGUGAAAUAAAAAAUGUAGAACAAAAAAGAAAUGGAAAGCUUUAUAAAACGAAACAAUAGUUUUUAACUGUAGCAAUUAUUAGAGUAAAAAUAAAUAAAUAAACAUAAUAAUUUUUAUUCAAAAGCUUUACUUCUAACCGUACUAACCAAACUAUGCCUUUAUAGUACUGUAAAAUGUUUAUAUAGUACAGUGCCUCUCGACAUCUCUAUUUCUGGAUAAAGAGAGAGGGGUUAUUACAGACGUCUCUCCGUUUCAUUCACCACAAUGGCGGUUGUUUAGUUUUCAGUAAUUAUAGAGUUUGCGAGAUUUUACAGUUCUUUGUAAUUUAAAACAUUUGUAGCUCAUGUGAUUGUAAGUUUUGUGACUUAGAAAUCUAAACGUAAAAUUGAGAAUGCGUGAAAUGAACAAUAAAAGUUCGAUCUAGUUCUACUAGGGAUAGAUCUAAAUCCAGAUUUUAGAGCUUACAAUCAUUUGACCAUAACUCAAAAUUUCAUGUAAAACUAUAACCUUAAAUUUGAAAAAUUUAUACUAUUUAAAUGUGUGUAAUUUCCCUGAUAACCAGAUUCGUAGACCACAUCUUUACAUGUAGGCCUCAUUUUAUAAAAUUUAAGAAAGGACCAUAUGAGUUUAGAACUGUUUAUAUUCUAUCAGAAAGCGUUACUUCAACCUAAUAUCGUUUAAAUAAAUACACCAAUUCCAACGAAAUAUAAGUCAGUAGUUAGGCAAAAUAUAAAAAUCAAAAAUUAAUUCUUAUGUUCUGGUUAGUGUUUUCUCCCCAAAAUGUUUUUUCAGCAUGUAUCAUAUUAAAUCUAUGCCCUUAUAAAAUGGAAGACUUGGCUAUGUUUUUCUUUUAGUAUUUCACUGCCUAAGUUAGGGUUCAUUGUCAUCAAUGCCUGAUGCCAUUAUUUUCGCAAUUGAUUUCUUUUGAGCAAAAUAUGUUUUCUAAAUUUAUGUUUACACUCUGGGCUAUGAUAUGAUGAAUCUGCUUUGGAUAGUUGGCAAAAGAUUUGACUACUAUUUUUACAUUUCUAAAACAAAUACUCAUAGUUAAGUUGUCAAUGUUCUUUUCUUUUGAAAAAAAAAGUAUAAAAAACCUAUACCACGAAACAAAAGGUUGUGAAGAAUGUUAAAAUUACUAAUGUGCAACAAUAACUUAAAAAAAAAAGUAUUAUUUUUUUAUUUUUUUUUAUUUUGAAGGAUUCUCAUCUCUCUUUUUGUCUCUUCUCACCAGUUCCCCCCCCCUUUGCCGAGCUGUAGUCUCUUUUGUAGUGCAUAAGGAAAAAGCUCUUCGUGAGAAUAUUGGAUAUGGAUAUCUUUAAAUUUGUAGUUGUUGACUGGCUUAUGUCGAUGCCUCUGUCUAUUUGUUUUGUAUUUAAUUUCCACAUUCCUAUACGUCGCUGAAUAAUUUACAGAACGGUUUGGGUGUUACACCUGGUCAGUGUGUUGUUGAUUAUCAAAAAUAAAGUUAUUAACUCUUUUGUGCCAGCGAAAUGUUGCUGGCCAAUGUCUGAAGAAGAGUUGAAGAUAGUUACAUCUGUUGGUACAUUCCAUCACUCCUCCCCCCUCCAUGUCUUCUAGCUUCUGACAGGAUAUUAUUUCUUCUUCGAUCUCUGCCGUAGAGGUUUAAGCUGUCGUCUCAUCAAGACGCACUCAGCCUAUCUACAAGAGUUAAAAAUCUGGGCCGACCAGGGGUACUAAGCAAGGUCUUUUAAACUGAUCCGUUAAUGUAAAUGCUGCUUUAGGUUACGCUUCUAUUGUUUCUAGGAUAAUUUUCUUUUGUGGAAUGCUAGGACGUUUGUUUCUUCUAUACGAUUUAAAUUUAUUUUUUAGUUAAGAUUGUCUAGGUAUUGUGCAUGAUUUUCCGAUUCCUUAUGUUUCCUGUAUCUCGAACAAGGAGAAAAAAAAAGCAUUUAAAUUUAGCAGACUUUUUCUAAAACCAAUUUCUGUAUGAUUAUGUUUAAAGUUAUUUUCCCCUAUAAUAGGUCAAACACAUAUUUUUUUAUAUUGAUUUGUCAAGUAUUAUAGUUAGAGUGCAAGUUCAUUUCAUAUUGUAUGUUUCUGCAUCUUUUUGUACCCUGAUAAUUGUAUUAGCAGGUCAUUAAGUUCAUUAACAUGGUUGCCAUCCUAACUAAUGUAUCCAAAAAUCAAACAAAGCAUUAGGGUUGAUUAGAAGAAAUUUCUAUAAAUCAAAUAAGAACAUAAAACUAAAAUGUUUUUUAACCUUGGUUAGGCCAAUAAUAGAAUAUGCAUCCUCUGUUUUGGGACCCCUCAACUCAAGUAAACAUUUAGAAACUGGAGCAGACUCAAAAUAGGACAAAUUUACAAAUGGGUUGCCUGAGCUAGCCAGAAAAACCAGUGACUUGUCAGAAUUUAAGUCAUUGGUUAAUAUGCAAGACUAAAUGCAUGACGCUUAGGAGGUAAUCAUCUUCUUUUUUGAAGUAACGUCUGUAUCAUAUAAGAUAAGAUAAGAUCUAGUCUUAUUACCCAAAACUUUGAAGGGUUAAUAUUGAAAUACACCCUCAUUAUUUUGUUAGAUGAAUACCGGGCUUGAUUUUCAAAUUGUCGUUAGUGAUACUGAGUGUCUUUCAGUUAUUACUGUUCGUAUGGCAAAAUAAUAAUCUAGAACUAUAUUACAUUUUAUUUAGCGUAAUGUUCUUGAUUGACGUUUUAUGACGUUAAAUCAUGUUGAUGUUUUUACAAAGCUUAUAUGAACUCACUUCUGUCUGUCUGUCUGCGUGUCUGUCUGGUACAUAUUUUGUACACGUUUUUUGAACUUAUUUCUCCCACUUCCCAUUCCCGGAUUAAGUUAUAAAUUUACACAAUUAUUUACUGUCACUAACAAAACAUGAAUCAAUAAAAAAAUACCUCAAUAAUUAAUUGAUUAGUUGUAAUUUACUUUUUUUUACAUAGAAAAUGCAAAUAAAUAUUACAGUAUUGAGGUAUCUGGCUAUAAAUGUGAAGUUCUUUAAUUUAUAUAAGCUUUAUUUAAAAACAAUAUUUUUUUUAUAUUUUUCUUUUUUCUUUUAGAUCUGCCAUAAAAUCCUUAAUCUCAUUAGUCUUUGAUUUAGAUUAAUUUUAAGGCACAACCAACAUUUGGAGAAGUCCAAGUUACGAAAGUAAAAAUGAUGAGAAUCAAAUGCUUAGUAAUCACUAUUGCAAUAGUUGCUCUGAUUUUUCUAAUACUUGUUCAAUUUCAAUUUCAUGAAAGGAGCAUGAACAGCCUCCUGGAAUGUGAAAUCUUUGACCUUAAAAGAGUGAAAUUGUGGAAAUCUCUUGACUAUGUCAUGUUAUUUAAAAAGAAUGUUUUUCUUUAUCACAUUGUUGAAGAUGAGCCGUGUACAUUUCUAAAGAUUCAAGUAUUAUUCAUUUGUGCAAUGGCAUUUGUAAAGAAACAUCUCAAGUCCCAAUACAUCUUUUUAAAUUCAGAACCUUUUAAACUCCGGAAAUUACACUUCCUGAAAAAAAUAAUUCGUAAAGACCAUAGAAAUAAAGACUUUACUGAUCCAUUUAUAAAUAUUAAAGAAAUAUUGUACAAAUCCAAAGAGACUCCAUCGAUGAACUGCUGUGUUUUUCCUUGCUUCGCAAACUUAGCAUCAUUCCGUCCAAUAGUCCAUUAUUUAAAAGUGAGUCCCAUUUCUUUUAUGGCUUUAUCAGAGGCAGGAUUUAAAUACUCAGGACAUAGACGUUUCAUUGAGUGCACAAACUGCAGGAGGCAGAUCGAUGUACAGUUAGUCACAGGCGAUCCACAUAAUGCUAUUUAUCACAACGAAGGAUGUGCUAAUAUCAGAACUGACUCCUCUACCAAUGAAAUUAUACAGGCUAGAGCAGUGUCUGACUCUAGUAACUCAAGUGAACUCAAUUCCACCAACCAUCAGGAUGAUAUUAAUGAACAAAAUAUUACCUUACCAGAUAUGGAAGAGUUACAGGACUUCACACAUGUCACCACUAAUCAAAGCUUCUUUGAUAGAAACCAUAUUAGACCUUCUUUAACUCGAGAUAAUAAUUGUUGUGCGGGUGCUGAUCACAACGGAUAUUUAUCUAUAAAUCAUCUAGAUCAGGACUAUUCCAAUUGGCCACGAGAGAUAGUUGACGACUCAUUCUUACAUUUGUUGCACGUCUUAGCAAAACUUACUGUUAAAAUAGAGUGCAGAGGCAUCGGAUCAUUUGGCAACGGUCAUGUCAUGCUUUUCCCAUGCAAGGAUCUACCUUCACAAGGUGGAGUCCCUUCACAAGGUGGAGUCAUAUUUGUUACCAGAUCUAGCCAUUUUUUAUCCAAUGACAUUGCUAGGGAAGCAGAAGUGACCUUGACACUUGAUAAAUCAGGAACGUUGAAACUUAGGGGAAAUCGUGCCUUCAGACAUAAAACCACGGGUAUUUAUCAGUCAGUAUUGGUUUGUUUCACGAAUGAUUCGCAGGUCAUUGUUGAACUAAAUGAUUUGCAACGACAGAUGAAUCAACUGGCCAACAGCGUGCCUUCUGGUAUAAGACAAUACAUGGCUAGAAAGGUAUUAAUUCUCAGUCAUCAUUAUGGGAAUGGGUUUUUUGUGUCUCUCGGAGAUUCUUCAGUGGUGAAAUAUAGCAUUGAUCCAAACGCAGAAACAAUGAAAACAAAUAUGUUGACAUUGGUAGAAAACCAAAGUGAUGACGAAUUUACAACAUUGACAGAUGCAGGACAAAGGCGGAGAAUUGUGAACAUCGAAACUGCACAACGAACUCUAACAAACACAGCUCAUGGGGAGAUGAAUUCGAGCCAUCACGCCAAGGAAAAUAGAGACGGUCCUGAGAAUGUCAACACGGAAGCACAAAAUAGUAAUGAAAACAUGAAUAUGGCUCAGGAGAUGCUUGCGGUAGAGAGGGAUUCAGCAGGGAGUCUUAUAGAACACAUCCAAACUGUUCGGAACGAUGUCAGCCGGAACACUGCCCGGAGUGGAUCGCUUGGUGACAUUGACUAUUCCAAACGAGAAAUUCGCCUCAAGAGCUUUGAAAUUUGGAAAGGACACCAUCCAUUGGAUCCACGGGACUUAAGUUUGUUCUACUAUUUUAAAGUUAUCUGAAGAAAUCAUUGAUAUGUGCAAAACAUUAUUGGUAAGCGUGUUUUUCUUUUUCUAAACUAACUUUGUGCUAGAGCCUGCUUUUCUACUUAUGAAACUUAAAGUGCAUCAUAAAUGUAUGUUUUAAUACUAAAGAAUGCAUUGCCUGUCUUUAGUCAAAACAUGGAAAGAUUGAUCAGAAAAAUGAUGAAAAACUAGAGUGUUAACCAGAUUAACACAUUAGCGUGGGCGUAGCCAGGAUUUUUUUCGAAGGGGGGUUGACCCCAAAACCUUCCUCUGGCUACGCCUAUGCACAUUAGGUAAAAUCACUUUAAAACACAAAUAUGUAAUAAAAAGUUAAGUAUUGAGUUAUGCAACUAACAUUAAGCAUUCAAAGCUGUAUGUUACUGUUGUAUAAUGACGUUUUGUGUGUGUAUUCGGUGCGGAGUAUACAUAGGAAGCAUUGAUAAUCGUAUUUCAAAAUAUUUUGUGAGUGUGAACUUUUUGAGCUGUAAAAUCACAUUUUUAAGCUUUUGCUUGUAACCUGAAUUUUUUGGGUUGGCACCAACAAUCUUUCACUGAGGCUUUUUUGACAUUGUUUAGUUUGUUCAUCUUUAAACCUCUCCAAUCUUUCUCAUUUUAGUUCCUUAUGUUUUUCUUACAGGUUUUAUUAUGCCACCUCCACAUUUCUCUAUAUCGCAUUGUCUUCUAGUUCUAUGGGACUAUAUUAUUUGUUGCUUAAAUAAUUAAACUGGAUAGUAUAACAAUUUAUAACAAAAAAUAAACAAAGAGGAGACACUGCGCUUUAUACACAAAUCUUAUACAUAUCUAUUAUAAUAAUAACAGAAAGGGCUUCUCUUCGAGUCUGAACAUUGUAGAGGACUCCAGUGGCUACGCAAUCCUAGCUGUGACCUAAAUAUUUUGCCGCGCCCAUCGCAGACAUGCCCUUUGUCUGCCAGUGGUCCAUUUAGGUUCUCUUUCCACAGUCUAUUGCCUUAGAUGACAUAGGAGAGGGGCACCUGGUUGCAUGCGGCCUCAGAUGGAGACUGCUGGAGGUCAUUCACAAAGUCCGCUGGAUACACAUUUGAGACCAAAAGAAAAUCCGAUGCCAAGGACAGACGCAGACUGCGAAAAGAAAAUCUAAUCAACCACAUGCGGACAAUGGUUAUGCUUGCCCUGGAUGUGGCAAUAUAUGUAGGUCACAGUUGGGGCUGCGCAGCCACCGAAAUAAUGCAUUCCUCACUGAUCUUCGGACUUGAAGACAAGCCUUAUUAUAUAUAUAUCUGUGGCAUUUUACGUCUCGAGAGAUGAUCUUUUCCUUUUGAAACUUCUUGUGUGACUAAAGAGGCCAAUCGAUGAUACAUAGCUGCGAUCGCAGGUUGGGCAUAUGUAAUCACCAGGCGCCGUUGCACUUUCACCAUUCUUUCUGCUUCUGUUGAGUAUUGCAUCUGCAAUCCUAGACCCGAUAUAUAUAUAUAUGUGUGUGUGUGUGUAGGUAACUAGGUAUGUAGAUAGAUAGAUAGAUAGAUAGAUAGAUAGAUAGAUAGAUAGAUUAGAUAGAUAGAUUAUAUAGAUAGAUAGAUAGAUAGAUAGAUAGAUAGAUAGAUAGAUAGAUAGAUAGACAGACAGACAGACAGACAGACAGACAGACAGACAGACAGAUAGAUAGAUAGAUAGAUAGAUAGAUAGAUAGAUAGAUAGAUAGAUAGAUAGAUAAGAUGAUAGAUAGAUAGAUAGAUAGAUAGAUAGAUAGAUAGAUAGAUAGAUAGAUAGAUAGAUAGAUAGAUAGAUAGACAGACAGACAGACAGACAGACAGAUAGAUAGAUAGAUAGAUAGCUAAAUAGAUAGAUAGAUAGAUGGAUAGAUAGAUAGAUAGAUAGAUAGAUAAGAUGAUAGAUAGAUAGAUAGAUAAGAUAAUAGAUAGAUAGAUAGAUAGAUAGAUAGAUAGAUAGAUAGAUAGAUAGAUAGAUAGAUAGAUAGAUAAAGAGAGAGAGACAAUUAUUACUAAAUAAAAGAACUUCCAUUUCAGAGAUAGUCUACUAGAUAUAGAUGUAUUGAUAUACUAUUUAGAUAGAAAAAACAUUUGAGCAAAUAUAAGUAGUGUCGUUGGCUAUUCUUUUUUUUUAUGUACCUAUGGUACAAAUAUAUUUGUUGAGUUUAGUUUCAAAGAAUAUGAAAAACACAUCUAUCUAGGCAGUGCGCUAAACAUUGUGUCAUUGGCCAGUCUAUUUAUUUAAUAAUAAUAAUAAUAAAUUUAAUUUAUAAAGCGCUGUUAACAAACAUAAUUUACGUUGCAAAUUAGAAAUAUAUAUCAAUGAAAUCUAAAUCUAGACUAAAUAAUUUAAUAGUGUAAGCUGUAAUAUCUGUUAGCCCAAUGCUAUAUAUACGCUUUGUCUGAGUCAUGUGCUCUUAACUAAUUAGAAAAACUGUAGCUUUAUACAGUUUAAAUCUAUACUUAACAUUAACGACUUGAUUAACAUUUAGGACUUUGCAUUAUUAAUUCUCUGCUUUAAAAAAAUCUGUGUAGAAUAACAUUUGAAUUUUUUGUAUUUCUUCCCAAGAGAGCUAGUCAUUACUGAUUCGUUGUAAGCUUAUUGUGUUGCAAUCGCUCAGACUCCCAUGACCCUUUAGCCGGCUCACAACAGUCCUUCUUCCUGUCUCUAUAUGUCUUUCACUAGUCGUGUUCAGUAGUGCUCAGAUGCGCACCAUUAUAUAUAUAUAUAUUUGGCUUUAAGAGAUGCUUGACAUGUGUUCAAAAAUUCAUUGUAGAUUUGUGUAUAUUUUUGUAAUUAACUAGCGAGUUUCAUUCAAUUGUAUUUAUUUUGCUUUUUGUAUGCAGUUUUUUUUUUGUUAUAUCAGAUUUUUUAUUGUGACAGUAAAUUAUCAGCUUCAAAACCCAACACUUUCAAUGUAGCAUAAUCUAUUAAAUAGAUGAUAAUAUAUUGACAUCUAUUUAUAUUUUUUUUUCAUCCUGGUUUUGUGUAAUCUUUACACUUUUAACAUUUUGUUUUCAAUAGUUUGUUGUACGUUCUUAUUUGUGACCUUUUUGUUGGUGACCUGAUACUCAGUUCUUAACAUUUCUGCUAAAUUUAGAUUCAUUCUUAUCCUAUUAUUUUUAGUAUUGAAAAUAUGGGAAAAAUCAAUCUUAUAUUUCUUCUUUAAAAUGAGCGUUUUCUUUUAUAAAAUACUCAGAAAGACACAAAGAUCAAAGCAGAUUCCUCGUUCCAUAUGCUACUAUAAAUUUGUACAAUUUCUCCUUCUUUUCUAGUGAUAUUAGAGCAUGAAAUGGGUUGCCUAAGCCAGUCAGGAAAAGCAAUGACUUGUCAGAAUUUAUGUCAUUGGUAACAUGCAUGACUAGAUUGACCUAGGAACACUCGUAAGACGUAAUCAUCUUCUUUUUUUAAGUAACUUCUGUAUUUCAUAAGAUAUGCUUAGAUAUGCAUUGUGUAACAUUCAUUGUAAAAUUAUUUCGAAUUCCCAUCAAUCAAUGUUAAAUGGUGGUUAUUUGUAUUCACAUUUUUACAAACUGCUACCUCAAUUUUAAAACUACUUUUAUUGGUUGUAAUUAUGACAUGUUUUAGGAGUGCUACAUGUCAUACAGUCUCUUUCAAAUCUAAGGCUGCUUUUUUAUAAACACGUAUGAAUGCUUUGUUUCAUAAUAUAUUGUACAUGCUUAGGAUGUUUCUUCAGAUUCUGAAGAUAAUUACAUUUUAGCCCAAAUCUCCCGCAGGACGAAGGGGAAGGCAGCAGGCAAGGCUCGAACACGGGACCUUCGUGACCAACCAACGUCCGUACACAGCGCAUACCACAUAACCAUUCAGCCAUCCUGUUUAUGUUAGAAUUGUACAUUUUCAAUGAUAAACCUUUCUACAUCAACCAAUAUAUUGAUCAAUUAGCACAGGUUUAUUUAAAAUGUGUUGGUUGUUUUUUUUUUUUUGUAUCCUUUUGUAAAUUUUUUAUUUUUUUAAGACCAAAUGUAUGUGUACUUAAUUUAUUCUGCACGUUUUGAAAUAAGCAUUAUAUAUGCACAUUUCAAAACGGUUUCGCAAGGUUGUUAACGCCGAAGGUGGUAAUGGCUUUAAGCCCAUCAUUACCUAUAAAAUUUCACCUAUGGCACGCGUCUCAAAUAGCCUCUGACAAUCAGUCCAACUCCUGGCCUUCACGUGUAGUUCAGAUAAUGAGCCUGGCGGAACCGUUAUCACAAACAGGAGAAGGAACAAAGGCGAGCAACUGGCGCCUAUAUCAGUAAGCUUCGGGCAGAAGGGGCUAGUUAGCCUUGGUAGGCUACCCAUCUAGGAGAAGGAAAACUCUGAAUCCAAACCUUCGCUGCCUUGCUGCUAUACCCAAAUAUGGGAAAGGCUUAGGGAGACAACCCUGAGGAAAAAAAUCAGGAGCUGGUGACCCUUAGGCAGAUUGUGGCAGAACCUGCGGCGCUACUGAUCCCAAACUGUAUCAUUUAAAAACUUGAAUUUAAAUAAUGUUAAUAUAUUUAUAUUGUUGUAUAAAUUGUUAAUAAAAAUGAAGACUAAAAUGUUCUUUGGACAUUUUCAA